AUCCUCCUGGAAUCUCUAUGGUUUGGAUCGCUUCCUGCUGGACCUCACUGCUUGAUUUUCCAUACCCGCGAGUUGAUGCUGCUGCUGGGACACUGCACAAAUCGUGGUGAGUGUUCUGCUGUGCCUGCUUUACCAUCCACGUGGACUACGAUUGGAAAUAGUAACCUUAACCGAAGCAGGUCCUUUUCAGGUAACAUGGAAUCAGAAGGCCUUCUCCAGUGUCCGUAUGACAAAAACCACAUGAUUCGCCCUAGCAGGUUCCCAUAUCAUCUUGUAAAAUGCAGAGAGAAUAAUAAAGCAGUUGCUAAAGAUUUGGCUGUUUGUCCAUUUAAUGCCCGUCACAGAAUGCCCAAAAAGGAGCUGGACUUACACAUGAAAAGCUGUGACAGCAAAUGUCAGGUGGAUCCACUUCCAGCUGAAGCAGAAAUCUACAAAAAUAAUUAUUCAACCUGGCAAAGCCCUCCGUGUGAAGAAAAUUGGGAAGAGGAGUGUUCGUCAUGUGAACCAUCUCCUUUCAUCUUAAAUGGAUUUGGGAACCAAAAGCCUUACAGCAAACAUGACCAUGGCUACGAGAAAUCUCCACCCAGAGCUACAUAUGGGCAGAAUGAGGAAGGACACACAACUGCUUGGAAGGCUGCAGUGACAAGUGGAACUAGGGUUGCAUGUAAUCGGGUACCUGUCUCUUCGUACGAAGCUGAGUGGCCAAGAGCUACAAAUGGGCAAAGUCAAGGAGGAGCCACAACUGCUUGGAAGCCUACAGUGACAAGUGAAACUAGAGCAGCCUGUACUCUGGAACCUGUGUCUUCAUACAAAGCUGAGUGGCCAAGAUCUACAUCUGGGCAGAAUCAAACCGGGCACACAGUUGAUUGGAAGCCUGCAGUGUCAAGUGGAGCUAAAGCAGCCUGUAAUCGUGAACCUGUGUCUUCGUAUGAAGCAGACUGGCCAAGACUCUACAAUUGUAGGCACAAGAAGUGAUCAAGGAAAAUGGAGAGAGCUUCCUGAUUCACAUGUGACACCUGAUCUUUUGGACCUUAGCAACUUUCUUAACCUUGUUUUUUAACCAUUUUUAACCUUGUUUUUAACUUUUUUAAAACUGUAUCAAGGAUAAAAUAUUUUAAUUGGACAUUAAAUAAAACUUUUCAACUAUAAA